AUGAGCACAUCAGUUUUACAGAGUGAAUUUAUAACUAAAUAUCCUUACCUGAAUUACUCGAAUAAUUCUGAAGCUGAUAAUCCUAAUAAAGAAGUAAACUCAAAUUCAUUAUUGAGUAAUUCUUCUAGUACUUAUAUUCCAUUAUCAGAUUCUCCUUGUAUAGUAAAUUCAUCACCUAAAUCCCCAGUUUGUAUAUCACCUACAAAAUCCUAUUCAUCUUCUACUGGAAAUUGGAUGUACCAAUGUAAUAAAGGUUGGAGAUUUUAUCCUACCAUUGAUAAUUUGGAGAUAGAAAAAAGCUAUCAAGAUGGAAGCCCUUCUAUUGAAUUAUAUCCAUAUAGAAUAGACUUUUUAAGAUUUAUACAAGUAAAUAUGAAUACUGGAAAAGUGAGAUCUAUUAUUCGUGAUGGAAUAAAACCAAAGAAUAUUUGCACAAUAAAAGGUAAAGAUGAUUUUGAUGAGAUAAAAACAAGAAUAUAUCAAUUGAAUAGCAAUAAUAAAGUUGGUUAUUUAACUAAUACACUAAAUAACGAAGAUUCUUUUAGUUCUUUAUUAGUUGAACCCAUAUUUUCAAGUAUUGCUAAUGGUACUUUUGACUUUUUAAAUAAUAUUAUGAAAUCUAUAAAUUUUGGGAAUUCAACAGAUUCAGAAAGUGAUUGUAUAGAAGAUGGAGAUUCUACUAAUAAUACUGAAUAUGAUGGUAGUGGGAGUGUUUAUUUAAGUGCUAAUUCAUUAACUGGUAUAUCUAAUUACCAAAUUCCUAUAAAAUAUAAAGAUAAAAUUUCUAUAAAUUCUCCAAAUAGAAUAAAUACAUCUACUCCUUUGAUAUUAACUCCUUGUAACUCACCUAAUACAGGAUCUGCAAUUGUUACUCCUACAAAUACAAAUAAUCAAUUAUUUGGUAAACCUAUAUGUUCUUAUACAACUAAAAAUAAUUAUAUUCCAUGUACUCCAAGACAUAAACAGAAUUUAUUAAUUCAAUCACCUUGUAAUUCUAUAUUUCCUUCUAAAUAUUCAUCUGUAGUACCUUUGAAUGGACAGGAUGUUACUACAAAUAGAAGCCCAGUCAGAAUUUCUCCUUUAAUGAAUCUAUCUCCUAUAUCAAAUGAUUUCACUAAAGCUUUAUUUAGUUCAGUGAAUUUAUCUCCUAGUCCAUCAAUACAAUCACCAGAUAAAAUAGAAGAUUACUCUAAGUUAAAAUAUAUGUCUCCACCAAAAUUAUUUUCUAAUACCCAGAUUUCCAAAUCAAAAUUAGAUUAUUCAAAAUCAUUUUUAGGUGGUAAUUUAGAGGUAGAUAACAAACCAGAGAACUUUGAGAUACUAAACUCUUUUCAACCAUAUAAAUAUAGGAGAACUGUUGGUAUUGUUAGUUCAAAGUCAUUUUUAACGAAAUCUUGCUCUACAAAUGAUAAGAAAUUAGUUAGAUUUAACAAGCUUUCUCCAAUUGUUAAAGAGAGCUGUGAUAAAUUUAUGAAUUUGGGAGAUGUCAUAUCUCUUCCAAAUGAGACUGAUAUGUAUUCUAUAAAGGAACAAUGUGACAAACCUGAAGUUCAAUUUUCUAAUGAAGAUAAAUCAAUACCAGGUUUAGACAUUACUGAUAUAGAAGACUUAUUUUCUCCCAAAUUACCAGAAAUAAAUAAAGAUUCAGAUUUUCCCGAAUAUGAUGAUAAAUAUUCAAAUGUUGAGGGAAUUAAUCAUUACAAUGAUUUAUAUGAUCAUCCUACAUCAGAUGAUGAUUUUUCAUCUGGUCUAUCUUUAAAUUUUCCAUUAUCUCAUAUAUCAUAUAUGGAUGAGGAUUUGUUAUCUAUGGAUUAUGAACUUAACAAGAAAAAGUCAAUAUCAAAAUAUCUUGGUUCAAUUCAACCUAAUAUAUUUAAUGAAAAUUAUCAUUCUUUUUCUCCUUCAAAUAAUUUGGGAACUACAGAUCCUAAUUUAAGUAGGGUUAUAGAUUUAAGAAAUAUAAAUCCUUCUAAUGGAGUUCCUUAUGAGAUUAUUUGGUGGUCUAACCAUAGUAUAAAAUCUCUGUUUGUUCAAUUAGAUUGUGAUAUUGGAUAUUCUUUACCUUUUCAGGCUCCUAUAGAGCUAUUACCUCUUUUACAUCCUUUACUUAAAGGUUAUAUGGAUACUCCAAGUAAUUUAAGUCAAAUAAAAAAUGAAACAAAUGAACCUUGUUCAGUUCUUAUGGGUCUUAAAAAUCUUGAAAUAAAAUUUUUGAAACCUUCUAUAGGCGAAUAUUCUAAAAUUUCAGAUUUUUGUUACAAGGAGCUUAAAAAUGUAACUCCAACUAUACUAGAUCAGUUUGAAAUAUCUCAAUCAGUCCUACCAAUAUCUAUAUUUUCAUUAUUAUUGACUAGAUUUCCAGUACCAGCAGCCAAUACAUUCUUAUUUUCUUUUAUAUGUAAUGAUGAUUCAUAUCCACAUUCUGGGAUGCAAACUAUACAGAUUUUGAGUUUUCAAUUACAAAAAAAGACUUGUAUGAAUUCUAAGUAUUUAACAAAUUCCUGGAAUAAAGAUAAAGUUGGAAAUCUAAAUGAUUCAAGUUGUAGUCAUAUUCAUUUAGAUUCUCAUAGAAGUAAUUCUCUAAAAGUUUGCCCAUGGCUAGCUAUUUCAAAUAUUAUUGAUGAAUUUAUUUUAAGGACUCCAAUUGUAGUGAAGUGUGUAUUAGAUCAUUGCAAUAUUAUGAUCAUUCCUUCAAAUGUUUAUUGCAACUAUAAAUCAACGAAAAAUAAUGAAUUUAAAGAAUAUGAUUUUGUAAUUUUAACAUUAAAUUUACUUAUUCCACUUCUAAUAAUUCAUUCUCAAUGUUUACAAAAUAUCGUAAUUGGAGAUAAUAAACCAUUUUCAAAAGAUAAUUCGGAUUUAUUUAUAAAUAUUAAUACUAAAAUAAGGAUAGAUGCAAUGAUUUUGUCAUGUAGGUAUCUCCCUUGUACAUUUCCAAGUAUACGAAAUAUAGAUUUAGUUCUUGAUCUGAAUUUAGAUAAUACAAAUAUUGGUUCUACUCUACUUUCAAAAAAAAAUAUAUUAUAUUCAAAUUCUUUAUCUAUUACAAGUGACGAGGAAAUCCCAACAAAUCAAAAAGAUAAUUUACAUAAUAAUAAUUUACCAGAAAAUGACAUUUCUAUAUUUGAACCAUAUCAUGAAAAUUUUAUCUCUGAGCUAAACAACUUAGUUAGAGAGUGGAUGAAUGAAUUUAUUGAAUGGUUUGAUAAAUAUGUUGGAGAUUCUAUAGAGUAUAUAGAAAUUACUCUUUAUUUAUCUUUGCGUUGUAUUGAAGGAAAUAUCCAAGAUUAUUUUAUAUUGCAGAAUCGUAAUUUGCAUGAAACAAAUGUUAAAAUUGACUUGUUAAUGGGUAAUAGUGAUGAUAUUUCUACUCAUUUUGAACAGAUUUCUCAAGAUUUCGCUAAUAAUAUAAAGGAAUGCAGAAAUAAUAUUAAAAAUUCAAAUUUAAGUAUCCUUAUUUCUCCUAUAUUGGCUAAUUUACUUCUUGAUAUUACUAUUUCCAAUUCAUUUAGUAGACUAAGUACACCGAAGUCAUAG